CUUAAUUGUGAGUAAUAUUUUUUUUCGGAAAUAUUAAUUUUAGCUGUUGUCCAAAUGUCGCACCAAACGGGAAUCCGAGCCAACGAGCAGCUGGCCAAGGUGUUUGGCAAGGCGAAGAAUGGUAAAUUUCGCGUGAUAAAAGUUUCGAUCGAGAAUGAGCAGCUCAGCUGCGGCGCCACGGCGGAGUCGAAAAAGGACUGGGAGCGCGACUACGACAAGCUGAUCGGGCCGCUGCUCGAGAAGGAUGUGCCCUGCUACAUCCUCUACCGCCUGGACACCAAGAUACCGCUGGGCUACAGCUGGCUGCUCAUCAGCUGGACCCCGGACACGGCCAGCAUCCGGCAGAAGAUGGUCUACGCCUCCACGAAGGCCACGCUGAAGACGGAGUUCGGCUCGGCCUACAUCACCGAAGAGCUGCAUGCCACCACUUCGGAUGAGGCCACGCUGGAGGGCUACCGGCGGCACAAGCAGGACUUUGCUGCCCCCGCUCCGCUGACCAGCAGGGAGGAGGAGCUGAAGGAGCUGCGCAAAACCGAGGUGCACACCGAGAUAAACACGAAUACGCGGCACCAGACGCUCGGCGGGAUCAACUGCCCUCUGAGUGAGCCGACUGUGGCUGCCGUUCAGGAUCUGGUGCGCGGCAAACACGACUACCUGCAGUUUCGCAUCGAUCUGGAGGAGGAGAAAAUCCACGUCUCGCAUGCGGCCAAAGUGGAACUCGCGGAUCUGCCGAAGCAGGUGCCCGAGGAUCAUGCCCGCUACCACUUGUUCCUCUUCCGGCACACGCACGAGGGCGACUACUUCGAGUCGUACGUGUUCGUCUACUCCAUGCCGGGAUAUUCCUGCUCCGUGCGCGAGCGCAUGAUGUACUCCAGCUGCAAGGCUCCCUUCCUCGAGGAGCUGGCGGCCCUCGGCGUUGAGGUUGUGAAGAAGCUCGAAAUCGACAGCGGCAGCGAGCUGACCGAAGCCUUCCUCCAAGACGAGCUGCACCCUAAGAAGAUCCUACACCGACCGGCUUUUGCCAAGCCCAAGGGGCCACCUAACCGCGGCGCCAAGCGCCUCACGCGUCCCACCGCCGAGGACUAAGUCUGAAUCCCCCGAUCCCCCAUCGAGUCAAUUCUAACUAAACCCACUCAACCUACUGUUCCUCGCAGAGCAUUUAAUUUAUUGUAUCCAAAACGAGUUUCGUGUUCAUUUCUUCUGUUUCUGUUCUUGUGUCUAUCUGUCGUCCUGUUUCGAUAUCUUUAGAGGCACUAGGCAUCAACUGAAACAUCGCAUAGCAGCCGCCAAUGUGGGCUUCCUUAAAUGUAUUCUUGUCUAUGUUACUUUAGAUGGACAUAUUGCAAUUUAUUUAAAUUAAAAAAACUCAACUAAG